UCAUUUCAUGCAAAAAAGGAGGGAGCACAUAGUAGACAUAACAUAAAAGGAACAUCAGGCAAAGAACAGGUUUUUCAGAUGGUGAAAGGCAUCAAUGCAUUGUGAGAAUUUUAUUUAACGUCGUAUGAUAAGACGAUGAAGUAGAUCUGAAAGUGGAGCCAGGUUCAUCUGCAUUAGCCCCAGAUCCGGUGAAUGUGUUUUGGAUGCUGCAGAUGUGCAGUUACAGACGUGUUUGGUGGUUAUGCCAAAAGUAUAUAGCUGACAAUUACCAAAUACAAUCAAGAUUCUUGGUUCCAACACAAACAUUUUGCCGAUCAGCGCCUUUUGGUUGCAGACCUCCUUUUGAUUAGGUCGAAAGUAACAAGCUGCAUCGCCUACUUUUUGGUCAGCCAUGUGCUGCCAGGCUCUGAUUUUGGUAUCUUCUUCUGGCCUCUUGGGUUCUCUUUGCUUACUUUUGUCUCAGUUUCUGACUCAGUCUUGCUUCAAUAUAACAGGGUAACGCUAUCCAUCUACGUGUUGUACUGCUCUCUGCCACAUUCUGUUGAUUUUAGCAUCCCAUGGAGAUAUUACUAGCAUUGGAUUAUGUGCGCCUAUCAGCAUUUGCUGUUUUGCUGCUUUGGGUCAUUGGAGAGUUUCUCACACUGAAGGAGGGAGAACAUGAGGCAGGAAGUGGUGUCGUGAUUUCAGCAGAAAGGAAGGGGGUGACCCUCCUCCCAUCACACAUAAUUUCAGUCUGCAAUGCCUUAAUCACGUCAAUACAUAUUGGCUUUGCUGUUCUUGGAGUCUGGAAGCACCAAACCAUCUCCUUGGGCUUCAUCUUCGCCUCACUGUCAUGGAUUUUGGUGACUCUCUUCUCAGUCUACUGCAAACACAAAGGAGCAGGACUUGGAUCAAACUGGCCUGCAGUUCUUGUUUAUUGGUGGGUCUUCAGCUCCCUGUUAGAAUCACUCCUCACUUCAUUGCAUUUGCUCCACCUAAUCAACUCUGCAACUGUUGUCAAUUUCACUUCGCUGCCCUUCUGCGCCAUCAUAUGUCUGUGUCUACUUGCAAUAGCCAUGAGAACCUCUGAAGCAAACCAAGAUGAACUGAACCAACCAUUGCUCACGAGGGAAGACAGUGGCGAUAGCAGAAGGGAUAGGUUUUCCAGUUCCAGAUGGUGGAGUCAGCUUACAUUCCAGUGGUUGAACCCGGUCUUUGAGAAGGGACACCACGUACGGCUUGAGAUUGAACACAUCCCAGCUGUUCCUCAGUCAGAGACGGCAGACCAGUCAUAUGCAUUGCUUCAAGAAACAAUGCAUAAGCAAAAAACAGAGCCGAUGUCACUACAAAAAGGCAUCAUUUGUGCUGUUUGGACACCUUUGGUCAUCAAUGCAGUCUUUGCAGGGCUUAACACUUUAGCUUCUUAUAUGGGACCAUUCUUGAUCACUUACUUAGUGAAGCUGCUCUCCGACAAGAACCCUGACAGAGGCCAUGGACAUGGAUACAUGCUUGCAAGCCUCUUCUUUGUAUCAAAGACAGUAGAGUCACUGUCACAGCGGCAGUGGUACUUUGGCGCUCGUAGAAUUGGAUUCCGGGUGCGUGCAGCACUGAUGGUGUCCAUCUACAAGAAAUCCCUAUUGAUAAAGGACUCACCUGCAGGGACAGGAAGAAUUGUGAACUUCCUUGAUGUGGAUGUAGAGAAGAUUGGUGAGUUUUUCUGGUACAUCCAUGGAAUUUGGUUGCUGCCCUUGCAAGUCUCACUGGCACUUGUCAUCUUGUACCAUAGUCUUGGGAUGGCAGCAUCGCUGUCUGCUGUUUUUGCAACAGUGUUGAUCAUGGUGAGCAACACGCCCCUGGCAAAGUCACAGAAGAAUCUCAACAUGAAGAUCAUGGAGGCGAAAGACUCACGCAUCAAGGCCACAGCAGAGGCUCUUAAAAGCAUGAGGAUUUUGAAACUGCAUGCAUGGGAGACAGCCUACUUGGAUAAGCUUUUGAAGCUCAGGGAUGUGGAGAGAGGGUUGCUCAGAAGGUAUCUGUACACAUGCUCAGCAAUAGCCUUCCUCUUCUGGGCAUCACCAACGUUGGUCUCAGUUGUCACCUUUGGAAUUUGCAUUCUUGUAGACAUUCCAUUGUCGGCAGGAACUGUACUAUCAGCACUUGCUACUUUCAGAAUCCUGCAAGAUCCAAUCUACAACCUCCCAGAGUUAGUGUCAAUGGUCACACAAACCAAGGUGUCCCUAGAUAGAAUCGAAGAGUUCAUCAAAGAAGACCACCACACAAAGCCAAGUAUCUAUUGCAGUAGAAGUAGCACAGAGAAGCAGUCUGUGGCUGGCAUUGUGGAGAUUGGAGCAGGAGAAUACAGUUGGGAAGCCACUGACAACAGCUUGAAGAAUACAAAGUUCACACUGAAGAUUGAUAGAAAGGUGGACAUCAUGAAGGGUCAUAAAGUUGCUGUGUGUGGGCCAGUUGGAUCAGGAAAAUCAAGUCUCCUUUGUGCCAUCAUGGGUGAGAUUCCAAGGGUCAGUGGUGCAAAAACAAUGGUUGUUGGGUCAAGGGCAUAUGUGCCACAGAGUGCAUGGAUUCAAACCGGGACAAUUCAGGACAAUGUGCUGUUUGGGAAGGCCAUGGACAAGGCCCGAUAUGAUGAGGUGCUACAAGGGUGUGCUUUGAAUAAAGAUGUGGAACUAUGGGCUAGUGGAGAUAUGACUGUGGUAGGGGAAAGAGGCAUGAACCUAAGUGGUGGCCAGAAGCAGAGGAUUCAGCUUUCCAGAGCAUUGUACAGUGAUGCUGAUGUUUACCUCUUGGAUGAUCCCUUCAGUGCGGUUGACGCACACACUGGAGCACACCUCUUCAAGGAAUGUUUAAUGAGUCAAAUGUCCUCAAAGACAGUCAUCUAUGUAACUCACCAGCUAGAGUUUCUGCGAGAUGCGGAUCUUGUUUUGGUCAUGAAAGAUGGAAGAAUUGUUCAAUCCGGAAAGUAUGAUAAUUUAAUAGCAGACAAAGAUGGUGAGUUCUCAAAGCAAAUGGAUGCGCAUAAUAAGUCCCUUAGUCAGGUCAACCCUGCGAAAGUUCAGGGCUUGGGCACCAACAAAAUAUACAAGAAACAAAUGGAGCUCACAGAGAUAGAGCCAGAUCACACUGUGCUUGGAAGGGAAAGUGAGGAAGAGCGUGAAUCUGGAAGGGUCAAAUGGGGUAUCUACCGAAAGUUUGUUACCUCAGCCUACAGGGGAGCCCUCAUUCCUGUAAUUCUUGCAUGCCAAGUCCUUUUCCAGUCAUUACAGAUAUGUAGCAACUACUGGAUUGCAUGGGCAUCAGAGAGGAAAGAACUAGUAAGCAGAGAGAAGAUGAUUGGUAUUUUUGUGUUGUUGUCAGCAGGAAGCUCAGUAUUUAUACUGGGGAGAGCUUUCGUCCUAUCAGCAAUUGCAAUCGAAACAGCACAGCAGCUCUUCUUAGGCAUGAUAAAAAAUAUAUUCCGAGCACCAAUUAAUUUCUUUGAUUCCACUCCAUCAAGUCGAAUCCUAAAUAGGGCAUCAACAGAUCAAAGCACAGUUGACAUAGACAUUCCUUACAGGCUAGCAGGGCUGAUAUUUGCACUAAUUCAGCUCCUCAGUAUCAUUUUCAUUAUGUCCCAAAUUGCUUGGCCCAUACUAUUCUUAUUCAUAGUAAUAGUUUCCAUAUCCACUUGUUAUCAGAGCUAUUACAUCAGUUCAGCGAGAGAACUAGCGAGGUUGGUUGGCAUUAAAAAGGCUCCAAUUCUCCACCAUUUUUCUGAGACUAUAUCAGGGGCUGCAACAAUUAGAUGCUUUAAUCAGGGAGAACUUUUUUUACGAAAGAGCCUUACACUAAUAGAUGACUACUCCCGCAUCACUUUCCACAAUGCAGCAGCGAUUGAAUGGUUGUGUGUCCGUAUCAACUUCCUCUUCAAUCUGGUAUUCUUUGUGAUGCUGGUCAUCCUUGUCUCCUUGCCUCAUGAUACUAUUGACCCAAGCCUUGCAGGGCUUGCAGCAACAUAUGGUCUCAACCUUAAUGUGUUACAAGCAUGGGUAAUAUGGAACUUAUGCGAUGUUGAGAACAAGAUGAUCUCAGUAGAGAGAAUUAUGCAAUUCUCAAACAUGCCAAGUGAGUCUCCUUUAGUGGUUGAAGACAACAGACCGAUGGAAAGAUGGCCAUGGUAUGGAACCAUUCAAAUUGAUGGUCUACAAAUCACGUACAAUCUUGACAUGCCUAUGGUGCUCAAAGGUAUAAGCUGCACAUUUCCUGGAGAAAGAAAAAUUGGGGUGGUUGGGCGGACAGGGAGUGGGAAGUCUACUCUCAUCCAGGCUUUGUUUCGGAUUGUCGAACCAUCUGCAGGACGGAUACUCAUAGACGGAGUCGAUAUAUCACUUUUGGGAUUACAUGAUUUGCGAUCUAGACUAAGCAUUAUACCUCAAGAACCAACUCUAUUCCAAGGCACUGUCAGAUCAAACCUAGACCCUCUACAACAACAUACAGAUGCUGAAAUAUGGGAGGUUGCUAGUAAAUGUUGCCUUGAGGAGAUUAUUAGAGAAGACAAUAGACUGUUAGAUGCACCAGUUGUUGAAGAUGGAGGAAAUUGGAGUGGGGGGCAAAGGCAACUUGUCUGCUUGGCCAGAGUGCUACUAAUGAAAAGAAAAAUACUUGUUUUAGAUGAAGCUACAGCGUCAGUUGAUACUGCAACUGAUAAUAUUAUCCAAAGGACUAUAAGGCAAGAAACAAAAACUUGCACGGUCAUAACAAUUGCACAUAGAAUUCCCACUGUGAUUGACAGUGACCUAGUUCUUGUACUUGGUGAAGGAAGGAUACUUGAGUAUGAUUCUCCGAACAAUCUCCUGAGAGAUGAAUCAUCAGCGUUUUCAAAGUUGGUGAUGGAAUUUGUGGGAAGGACAGAUAACGUUAACUAGAGAUGACAUGGAGCCAUAAACCAAUCAUUAACCAUAUGACCUUGCUUAGUCCUGUGUAUAGUAGCACUGUAGCAGUAUGGAAGUCAGAGCAGGUAACCAGGAAAUUUUGAUUCGUGUGUGAUGACGGGACCGGUGACAAGGUGACAUAAAGAUAGUUAGUCGAUAGCAAAAAGUAACCUUCUUAUUAAUGCUUCUUUUCCUAGUGGACAGCUUAUGAUGGUAAGGUGUUUGUUCAUAUUGACCACUUGGUGAUCUUACUCUUACAAUGGCUCAUCUUUUUUUGCUACCAACAAAGCAGGCUGUAAUGGUACAAUUCGUGAAUUUGUUAGCCAUGAUUCUUUCUACUGUGAGUCCUUACAGAUGGUUGUACAUAAAUGUGUUUUUUUUUCCCAAAGGACAAUAACAUCUUAGCGUUCUGCAUAUUCUUCUUUUUUCUCAAGAAAGAGCACCAGCUUUGGAAUUGGAGCGCUGAAGCCUAUGCAUGUUCUGCGCCUGAAUUUGUUAGUUUGAGCCACAAUAAGCUCAAACUAGCAAUUGCAAAACAUAAAAUCUACUGUUUGCACCAUUGCAGAAAGAACACAGAACCCGACAACUAUAUUCAGCAAAAAUUAGCAAUUAGAAUUGAUGGC